CCACUCCUAAACGCUAUGAUGCGUCAGCUGUUCAGCCUAUGUCGGUUAGUGUUGCAAGCCAGUCGCAAAUACACAAAGCCUCUCAUACUGAUGACAUCGUUCGUCGUGUUUGUCUGGCUAAUCCUCGACACGGUGCACCGGCCAGAGUUUGUACGCCAGACUAACCCAAACGGGGAAACCGAUCGCUGGGAUAAAUCGUACGUGCACCACUUUCUGACCCUGCUCGACAUCGAUCCGAACGCUACGGCAUCGCAGGCAGACUGCUCGCUGUCGACCAGCGGUAUGCUGGUGUCGGCGUUUGCCGGUAGCUCCCUGGUCGAAAACCUGUGGCAUUACUUCUCGCUAAUCGCUGUUAUUGCGAACCUACGGACAAUGGCUCCCGCUGGCUACACCGUGCAAGGGCUGCUCACCAGAUCUGCCCGUGAACAAUUGCGCCAGAUUUUCGUCAGCAUACCGUACGGAGUGAUCGAUGAACGUACGUUUGACUGCUACGAUCUUAGCGGUGCGUGCGUUCUGAACGAUAUUAAUCUUCUAGAUGUGCCAGAACGCGGUAAUCAACUGUACAUCCUUAACAACAACGUCAAACGUUUGUAUGAAAUCGUCAAAGUGCAGUGGAAGGAGCAAUGGGUUCACUUCAACGUUGGCGCACACCCUCGACAGUGGGCGUCCCAACUACUUGCCAGCAUUGGUCGCCGGGCAAUGCUAUCCAAUUCGAGCGAGUACAGUACCGAACAAGUGAACACACAGUUUGUGUGCCUGAAUGUCGGCGAUCAUGAUGGGCUACCGUUCGAGUACUACUUCCGAGCGGUUACCUUCCAGCGCAAAAUGCACGGCACUGAUGGCCCACUGGUGUUCGUGGCGCUUUGCGAAACGCCGACCGGAACCGUGUGCAGCCUACUGAACGCUCCGGCGGAGCACAUCUACACCGUGCAGCGGCACGAUGAUCCAGCUAUAAAUUUCGUCCUGUUGCAGCUAUGCAACCAUACGAUCGUGUCAGCUGAGUUGGAUAUUUUCCCAGCGCUACUUCGCGACGAGGGAACGACGGUCAUUUACGAGCGGUACACCGAUGAUCUGCUGAUUGAGCUGACAAACCUGAAGGAGAACUGGUAUCCAAUGCUCUAGUUACUCGCCCCACGCUCGAAACCUAGAUGUUCUACUACCAGUGGUCCUUAGCGAUCGACCAGGGGGGUGCACCGAAAAUUUA